CUCCCUGGAGCCGCCGCUGAGCGACCGCGAGCGCUCGGAGCUCCUGGAGGCCGCCCUGGGCUCCGUCCUGGCCCCGCCCCCGCCCCCGCCCGGAGCCCAGGAUCUGCUCGUGGCCGCCCUGGGCGCUCUCUCGCAGCUGCUCCGGGAGCUCCUCCGGAGGCGCCUCAGCCCCGGCGGCCUCCAGGAGAUCUUUGCCCAUUUGGGGCCCUGGAUCCGCUCCCCGCGCCCCCCGGAGCGGCUGCGAGCGCUCGGAGCCGGCAAAGCCCUGCUGGGAACCUUCCUGCAGCACCUGCGCGUCUGCUCGGUGACCCUGUUCCAGGCCCUGGGCCCGCUCCUGGCCCUGCUGGCCCCGCGCUGCUCCGACGGAAUUCCGCAAAUCCGCCGCGAUUCCCUGGAUUGCGUCCGGGCCCUGCUGCGCAUCCAGCUCUGCUACCAAGGAUUUUCUCGGGAUCACCGGGACGAGCUGGUGGAGGGGCUGGAGGAGCUCAAGGAGGGGCUGGAAAAUCCGGAUUUUUCCGUCCUUUUCCACACCUGCAGCCGGAUCGGGCUGGUUGUGGGCAGGAGGAUCCCCCCGGAGCAGCUGCUGGGGCUGCUCCUGGCCCUGCUGGAAUCCUGGGAUGAUCCCGAGCGGGAUUGCGCCCGCGCCGCCGCCGCCAUCGGCAACGCCCUCAUCCGGGAGAGGGGAGCCAUCCUGCAGGAAAAGGUCCCGGAGCUGCUGGCAGCGCUGCAUGCGCGGUUGCAAUUCCUGCAGCAGGAUGGGGAUGCUGAGGAGGUGCAGCUGCAGCUGCAGCGGGCGGCGCAGGGCUGGGUGCUGCUCCUGGCGCUGCAGCACCCGCAGAGCGUGGUGGGGACCCUGCUGGGGAGCCCCCUGCCCUUCGACGGUCCCACGCGCGCCCUCUGGCGGGCGCUGGGGGCGGAGCCGUCGCUGACCCCGCAGGUGCUGGAGCUGCUGCGGGAGCGGCUCGGCCGGGAGGCGCCGAACAGGGAGAGCAAAUCCCUCCUGCCCGGGGGGGGCUGCGAGCGCCUGGGAACCGUCCCGACCCUGGCUGCCACGCUGGCCCUGGAGGAGCUCAUGGCUGUGCCGGAGGCGGCGGCCGCGGUGCUGGAGCAAUUCCCGGAGCUCUUCCCGGCGCUGCUGCUGCGCCUCGGCUGCGCCCUGGGCGUGCGGCUGCCGAGGGCCCUGCAGGGCCGGGACAGGGCCGGCCUGCAGCCCUGCAGCUGCGCGGUGCGGGCGCUGCGGGCGAUGCUGGCGCGCGCCGGGAACGACGACGUCGUGCGGGACGUGGGGAGCGCCGGGGGCUGGGAGCUGAUGGAAAUUCCCGAGCGGCACCACGACGGAAUCGCCCUCCUGGCCAGGGCGAUGGCUCGGCUCUGCGGGCCCCGGCUGCCGCCCAUCGUCCGGAGCCUCAUCCCGGUGCUGGGAAGCGCCUUGGAAUGCCAGAGGGUGACCAGCAGCGCCUUCCUGGCCGAGCUGCUCAGCCACAACGUGGUGAACGACCUGGUGCUGCUGGAGCCCAUCCUGGAGGCGCUGACGGGCCUGGAGAAGGAUUCCUGCCUGCUGGUGCGCGUCCUGGCGCUCCGCGGGCUCGGGAACGUCGCCUCGGGAUCCCCGGAACAGAUCCGGCGGCUGGGCUCACAGCUGCUGCCCUCGCUGGUGCCCGGCCUGGACGCGGCGGACGAUCGGCAGGACCGGCUGGCGCUGGAGGCCAUGGGCAGCCUGAGCCGCCUCCUGCCCGGCCUGGAGGAGCGCGACGUGCGGCCCCUGCUGCCGCGCCUGCCCCUCCGCAUCCGGCCCUUCUUCGACAGCGAGCACGCGGAGCUGCGGCACCGCUCCAUCCUCCUCUUCGGGAACCUGUCCCGCUUCAGCCGCGCCGACUCCGAGGUUUUCUCGGAGCAGAUCCUCAACGGGCUCGUGACGCUCCUGCUGCACCUGCAGGACCCCCAGCCCGACGUGGUCAAGGCGUGCAAGUUCGCGCUGAGGAUGUGCGGGCCCAGCCUGGGCUGCGAGGGGCUCCGGGAAAUGUUCGGGAAUCACCUGCGGGAAGAGCGCGGGCUCCACUACGGGGAGUUCAUCAACGACGCCGCCAAGUUCCUGAUGCGCAGCCACCCCUCCCUGCUGAGCCGCCUCAUCUCCACCAACCUGUUCUACUUCAAGAGCCCCUGGCGGGAGCUGCGGGCGGCGGCGGCCAUGUUCACCGGGUUCCUGGUGCUCCACAUGGACGAGGAGCAGGGACAGCAGGUGGACCUGGAGCAGCUCAUUUCCGCCCUGCAGCUGCUGCUCAAGGAUCCGGUUCCAGCCGUGAGGGUCAAGGUGGCCGAAACCCUGGGACGCCUUGUCCGCCUCCUUUGAAUCCUGAAAUUCCCAAAAUUCCCAAAAUUCCCAGGAAUUCCGUGCUCCGAGACCCUGGGACUCCUCAUCUGCCUCCUCUGAAUCCCGGAAUUCCUGGGAAUUCCUGGCUCCAAGACCCUGGGACACCUCCUCUGAAUCCCGGAAUUCCCAAAAAUUCCCAGGAAUUCCCUGCUCUGAGACCCUGGGACUCCUCAUCUGCCUCCUCUGAAUCCCGGAAUUCCCGGUAAUUCUCAGCUCCGAGACCCUGGGAUGCCUCAUCUGCCUCCUCUGAAUCCCAGAAUUCCCAAAAUUCCCGGGAAUUCCCGGCUCCGCUCAGCAAUACCCCAGGGGAUCCCAAUCCAUGGGAAAAGUCUUCCAUCACCUCCAUCCUCGGGGACAAAAAAAGUGGGAAAAGGGAAUUUGGGAUGGGAUCCAUUCCCAGCCUUCCGCCCCCAUCCCUCUCUGCUGCUUUCCGGGUGGAUAAUGGGAUCCAAUUCCCGAAAUUCCCACCUGGAAUUCUUUCCCCCUGUACAGAGACCUGUUUUUAAAUAAAGCUUUUGGCUCCCGAA